GUUAAGACUGCACGCGCCGACCUCGACCAGGACCCUGCCCACGAGAACCUCGAGCACCCUCAGCACUUGAUGGGACCGGAAAAGAAUGUCCGGUGGCGCGGGGGAACUCCCCCCUCGCCACCAACGUGGCGAUACGAUGUGACAGAUUUGAGGGCAUUCUCGAAAUGGUCGAGGAAAGUGCAGAUAUGGGAAAUGCAAAUCAAGACGUAUAUGACUCCACGCGAGGCCUCGCUCCUCCUCUACAGCUCCCUUUCGGGGGAGGCGGAAGCCGAACUCGAACACGCCCCCCUCGACAAGAUCAACUGCGACAGCGGUAUACAUUUUUUCUUGGAGUCCCUCAGAGCACCUAUGGAACAAAAAGCUGUGUAUCAAAAACGCAAGUUUUUGUCGGAUUUCGAGCAACUCAGCCGAUAUCCAGGAGAAGGACUCCGGACCUACGCGAACAGAUACCGCCGAGUCGAAAGGUCGCUGGAAGCUUUGGGAGUCAGUAUCACCGGCAUGUAUGAUUCCGAGGCCCGGGGAAAUCGUUUACUCGAGCGUGCCCGCUUGACGCCGGCAGACCAGAGGCUGAUAUUGGUUGGCGCCAGGUACAGCCUCGACUUCGACAACGUGGCCGAGAGCAUGGUCAUGCAGUACCCGGAGUUCAAGGCGGCCCCGCCGGUGGUGAACAAGGACGGGACUUUGGUUAGCAAGCCCUUCUUGCCCUCCCGGGACAAGGGCGGCAAGGGAGGCCACAGCACACCGGCCGGACAAUCUCCUGGCAAAGGGGCUUUCCACGACCGUGGCAAAGGACCGGCCCCCCGCAGGGUGUACGUGACCGAGGAGGCCGAGCACAUGGAGCAGAUUCCCGAGGAGCAGCCCGACCUCGUCGCCGACGGCAGCCCCGACGACGCGGACGGCCCCGACGCCGAGCAGCCGGAGCCGGACGACGUGGAGGACUACCCCGACCUCUCUGAAGUGGCAGAGGUCUUGACCGUCACUGCAAAGAAGCUUUCUGGGCUUCGCCUUGGCCGGAAGUUCAGCGGGGGACCUCGCCGAGACCCCGCCGCCGUGAAGAAGGAGACGCAUUGUAAAGCAUGCGGGGCCCUGGGAUACUGGAAGGGGGACGAAGAGUGCCCGAUGACGCCAAAGCCCGGCACUUCGAGCUCACGGCCGGGCGCUUCGACAUCAGGGCCUGGACCUUCCGGCAAGGGCUCACCUGGAAAGGGCCCGCCACAGCAGCAGAGCCGAAAGCCGGCCCACCAGACCUUCUUCAUGCGGGACGCGGGCACCUACGAGGCCACCGACGUCCCCGAGUAUGGCGCCCUUUUUCAAGCCAAUGUUGUUUUCAAGGUGCAGGCCAAGCCCGAGAUGUGUGCAGAUUUUUCUCGUGUCAUGGUUUUGGGCACGGCUUGCCAGCGCACCUGUUGCGGAGUCGACUGGGAAAGGAGCCACGACCGCCAGCUCAAGAAGCACGGCCUCGGCUCACACCAGGUUUCUUGCACAGACUCGUUCCAGUUCGGAAGCGGAGACCCGCUUAAAGCGGCCCGGCGCAACUACUUGCCCGUGGGCCUCGGAGGCACCAACUUGAUUCUCGGAGUUGGCGUCGUGACUGCAAAAAUUCCCUUGCUUGCCUCCAAUAAGCUUCUGGACCAGCUUGGCAUGAUCCUUGACUUGCCCCGGAACCGCGUCUGCUUUGAGAAGUUGUCUGUCACAGUGCCGUUGCUUAGGAUCGGUGGUCACCUCACAGUCUGCAUCACUGACUUUAGCAACCAUGUCACAUGGCAGCAGCUGCAAGAGACCGUGAACUGGGAAAGCGCUCCCGCCGAGCUUGUGGCCCAAGACGUCGCAGAGACCGGGCCGAAGAGCACACCGCCGUCGCAUGGAUCGUGUGACCUCCCGUGCGCCGCCCCCACCUGGAUGGCUUCGCUGCUGGCGGCGCCUCACGGAUCACCUUCUUCACUUCCGGAAGCAGGUCUUCAUGAGCUUGGCGGUGGCGGUGAACCUGGACAUCCUCCCGGCCACGGUGUUCGAGACGAUCCCGCCGGUGCUGGACGUGGCCUUCAACCAUCCCCAGAGCACCUGCGAGCAUCCCGAGUACGUCCGCUACGGCAACUCGUUCGGGAAGUUCGCCCGGUGCAAGAAAUGCCACCGGAGACUCCGGUGGAGCGAGCAUCGAGGAGCAUGGGAAGAUCACCCAAAGGCGGGCUUCGCCACUACACUACUUUCUUCGCGACCGCCUUUACCAUGCUCUGCCAAUAUCUUAUCGGAGGCGGCGCCAUCGAGCAGCACAGCGUUCCGGCCUUCAUCCCGGACUUCCCGCACCGGCGCCACGGCGAAGGCUUCCCCGAAGAAGCGAUCGGCACGCCGAGCUUCGGCGAGCAGCGCCUCCGAGAUGGACGUCGACCCCUGGAAGCUGCUCAACGCCGAGGACUCGGAGACCUACGACUGGACCGAGGCCGCGUGAAGCGGCUCAAGGGCACAUGUGCAAAAUCAGCAAAGGUGCUCGAGAGCGAGAAGGGGAUCUACGAGGCAGCGCCGUCGACUACCACGCGGCCGCCCCCGACGGUGGACUAUUUGUCUGUCUUCCCGGACCGCUACCACAUCAGGGACGGCCUCGCCUCAAGACGAAUAUCCUCUUCGACUUUUUCUGCUGGGGUGGCCGACCGUCUUCGCGACGACCCGGAGGGAUGGAGAGGAGCACUACGAGCACUACGUCGGCUUCGGCCACACGUUCUUUGCCUCUCCUACCUCGACUUCUUCCCCGACGGCACCCUCGGCAACAAUAUGCACCACCUCCUGGCCGACCAGAUCGACCACGGCAGGGCCUUUAUCGUGAUGACGAGGCCCGGCUCCAGCUUGGGAGCACACUGCCAGCAGCUAGCCGACCACUCCUUUGCGACGACCCGGCUGGCUAGAGACACCCCGGUGCACGUCUACACCAACAUCCCUGGAGCCGCGGCGACCCUUGCGGACACCUACCACGAGAACUACCAGACCGAGGCCCUCGAGCCCCUCCUUGGCACGAUUACGGACUAUGUUGUCGGCAAGGAACCCCUGCGGUUCGGCAUCUACGAGGCCUUCGUCAGCUACCGCACCCCCGUGACCGAGCAGACGGCCUGGAACGAGAUGGCCGAAAUGCUGCACCGUUCCUUUGGCAGUUCGAGCUCUCGGCCCUUCUACGUGGAUCCGGCCGGGGAGGUGGGGCAAAAGAUUUCAGAUUUGUUUCGGUUGCGUUUGGCCCGGAUCCAGUGCGUGCAGACACCCACUCAGAGGAGGAUGCCGACGGACAUCCCCUUUACUGCCAGGGCAGCCUUUCUGAUGUAUGCCGACGGCAGCCGCACCGUCGAGGUGGAAGACCUCAGUCUGGUUCAGCAGCCGAAGCAGCGUUUUUCCAAGGCGGUGAGGUACGCUAUUUUGGCGUAUGUUGACCUCAUCGAAGAUAAGGCAGAGCAAAUCCCCGAGGUCCCGGUCGCCGGCUUGCCGACAGACAUCACCUUUCCAGGCCUGGCUCCUACUGUGCCUCUUGAGGUGAGACGCGCAAUAGCAAGAGCCCACGUGAACUUAGGGCACGCGACACCUGAAGAGCUACUGAGACUUGCGGUGCAAACUGGCACGCAGAGCGACCUGUUCUUGCAGGCCAUCCGGCGACUUAGAUGCGCCACUUGCGAACGACUUCGUGGCCCCCAAAAACCUCCGCCGGCUACCGCGACCACGAGAGCAACACAGUUUGGUGACAGGGUCGAGGCGGACGUUUUCUACUGCCGAGACCUCCGAGGACGUUCGGUGAUUGUGUUGGGGGUCGUGGACGCAGCGACAAGGUUGCAUCAGCAUCAGGCGGCCAUACUUCCUUCGAGGGACCCCGAAGUUGCAUACGAGGCGCUCGAGCGAAUCUGGUUGCGCCCCUUUGGCCUCAUGGUGGAGCUUGCCGUCGACCCGGACGGCACCUUUCAAGGAGCUUUUGAGGAGCGCCUUCGCUCACACGGCGUCCUCGUGAACUACUGUGCCGCGGACGCACACUGGCAGAUAGGACAGGUGGAGAGACAGAACGCCUUCCUCCGCACGGUGAUUGAGAAGUUGGUGGACACCUUCGCGGCCACCGACGUGACCGAGAUGCAGCUCCUGUUGGCUCCCGCCUUGCACGCUGUCAACUCUAUGGUGCUGACCAGGGGAAGGAGCGCAUACCAGGCAGUUUUCGGUCGCGUUCCUCGUUUGCCUGGCGGCCUCUUCUCCGACAGCCACGCCCUGGCGACGACACCGACCACAGACGCAGCAGCCUCGGCCGAGAUCGUCAGGGCCGAGGCCACCAAGACGAUAGCCGACCUCAACGUGAAGCAGAGCUUGCCGCGGGCCAUUCUCCGAAAGACCCGCAACGUCCGCGUGGCAGAUCUCCAGCCCGGCCAGCCUUGCGCCUACUGGGAAGCGCGGCAUCAAGAAGCGGGGUCAGGGACUUCAACUGCCAUGGUUGCCAUCGAGCAAUUGCGGGUGGCAACGGGCUUCGAGGCCUGGGUUCCGACUGAGGAGGAGGUUCAGAUGCUGAAGGACGCCGCCAAGAACCUGGACAGCUCUGUGUGGGCCGACGAGACGGGACCGCCGCCACCAAAGAGGCAGCUCGACGAGGACGAAGUGGACUUGGACACCGAGCUCUUCGACGGCGCCGCCCCAGAGCUCGCAGCAGCAACGGCGGCAAUACCGCAGACACCUCCGUCCGGACCGGCGCCUUCCGUUCUAGGAGACCCAGGUCUGCAGAUGAACCAACAGAACCAGACGGUGGUGAUACAGCCCCACCUGCAGCAGACCAUCAUUCAAAACACGGCUCGCCUUGGGGACCCUGCACAAGGACUGGAGUCAGCUCUGUACGAGUCGGCCGACUUCGCAGACAUUCCUGGCAUGGAAGAGGAACCUCCUGUACCACAAGCUUUUCCCGAGGGCCUACUACCUGCCAAGCGGCCCUUCGACUCCUUGACCACCCUCUUCUACGAGGACGGCAACCUUCACCACUACGUUCCCGGCGUCACCUUUGACGAGAGCUACGGUCCUAAAGCCGAGAACUACUACGAGGCCUACUUAAGCUCCGCCUACCGCAAGGACGACCUCAAGCACUCCAACAAGGACCCCGCCGAGACCGACACCAGUGACUCCGACUGGGACGACAGCGCGCCGGGAAAGCACAACAAGAAGCCGCUUACCAGAGCAGAAGCUAAGGCCUUGGACCGCGAGAUCCCCUGGCGCAAGAUCUUGGACAUGAACGAGAAGGACAUCGAAGCCUUCAAGGCCGCUACCGUGAAGGAGGCAAAGAGCUGGGAGGAAUGGGGGUCAGUCAAGCCCUUGUCGCACGCCGAGGCGGAGCGCGUGCUCAAGGACAAGAUCCUCUCGAAGCGGAUCCUCAGGACCCGCAGCUGCUUCCGCGACAAAAGCCGAGGACUAGCCGAGCUCGUCCCGAAGUGCCGGGUCGUGGCGUUGGGACACAAGGACCCCGACAUCUUCCGUCUCAACCGAGAAUGCGCCACCCCGAACAGGACCUCAGAGCACAUAUUGUUCUGCGUGAUGGUGGCGGGCCACAACAAGGAGUUCGACGACAGCGGCCUUAGCUGGACAGCCUGGAGCGGCGACGCCAGCACCGCCUUCCUGCAGGGCGAUACCAAGGACUCGGAGCGGGACCAACCGCUCUACUUGCUGCCCCCGACCGAUGGCAUUACAGCCAUGACGGAUUGCUGGAAGGCCCGGCUCUACCUGGUGUGUACCAACAUCUACGGGCUCAGCAAUGCGCCCAGGCUGUGGGCACUUACGGUGAUUGCCCGGCUCAAAGAGAUUGGCUACCAGCAGCACGCCUUUGACAAGAUGGUUUUCCUUAAGUACCGCGAUGGGCAGCUGGUGUCCAUUAUCAUCGUCUAUGUGGACGAUUUUAUUGGAGCUUACCGCGAGGACCACGACAACACCGAGGUCACUCAGGCCUUCCGCUGGGGUGUCCUCCAGGAGUUCGCCCUCAACAAGACCGUCACCUUCAAGGGAAAGCAGCUCACCCUGAAGGAAAAGCCCGGAGGCCGUGUUUACCUCCACGUUUGCCAGAAGGAGUUCAUCGAAGGCAUGUCCCCCGGGAAAAUUCCACGUGGGAGCGACCUCGACCAGCUUCUCAACGACGACCAGAAGGCAGAAUUCCGAAGCAUAGCCGGCUGCCUCCAAUGGAUCAGUGGCCAGACAAGGCCAGAGCUGGCCGCUGUGAACAGUUUGGCAAACCACGGCUCUAAGUCGACCCUCGCGGACCUUCGCGACCUCUACCAGGCCGUAGACUUCGCACGGGAGACCAAGGAGGACGGCUUCAUCAUCCCCGACGUGCCCCUCAACAAGGCCACGGUGGUUUUGGCGUACUCCGACGCCAGUUGGGCAAACGCUGACCAGAGCAGGUCCCAGUGUGGAGUGCUGAUCGUGCUCUGCAGCACGACAGUGCUGCAGAAGACCGUUCCGGCCAUGAUCGUGGACUGGAAGUCUUGCCGGUCCCAAAGGGUGUGCCGUUCGACCUUGGCAGCUGAGAGCUGCGCUGCAGACGAAGCCUGCGACAGGAGCUCCUACGUGAACAUGUUCCUGGGAGAGCUCCUCUAUGAGGUGCCCGCGCACCGAGUCGGCCAACGACUCCACAACCUCGCCGCCAUGGAUGCCAAAAGCCUCUACGACGUGGUGGUCAGUGAUUCUCCGAACCUGAGUGAUAAGCGCUCCCUGGUAAAUAUCAGGGCUAUACAGGAGGUCGUAGCCGCCGAAAGAUUCCACUGGGUUCCCACCACUCUUAUGUGGGCAGACUCUCUUACAAAGCAGUCCCUGGAACUCCAGCUUUCAAUGCACGAUUGGCUGCAGAACCCUACAGCUACCUUAAAACAGUAG